AUGCUGCACAGGACGCUUCUGAAUGUUUUCAUCCUAUUCUGCUCUUAUGCGUCCUCUCACCUCACAUUGGAAAUCGACAAUGGAGUCAUUGGUGAACCUGAGGUACAAUGUGGUUCGGAUUCGAUUUCACUCCUUUUCCAUUCACGGAAUCCUUUUGGUGGCAAAGUUUUCGUGAAGGGAUUCGUUGCUGAUGGAGAUUGUGUAAUGAUGGGUGAUAACAAAUUGGAUCAUCGGUUUACCGUGAAACAUGAUGGCUGCGGAGUUCGCCGGCAGAGAGAGGUUAACGGCGUUGUAAUCAUCACCACUGUGAUCGUUUCUUUUCAUCCGAUUUUCAUUACCAAAGUGGAUCGAGCAUACCGUAUGAGCUGUUUCUAUGUGGAAGGCACUAAGAAAGUGCAACAACAACUUGAUAUAGCAGCGCUCACCACUCAAGUCAUCGAAGGACAGACGCAGUUGCCAGUUUGCAGGUAA